AUGCAACCACAACAAUCCCAAACGACAAGUGCAGCACAUGCCUGCAACAGCACCUCCACAGCACCAUCAAUGCAGGGGUCUUCUCUUAACUCGACAGAUCUCAACGCCUCCGCUAACAAGUUUGCAAUUGUUGAUCUGACCGAUGAGGUCAAGCUCAAGACUCAAUUCAAGGGUGACAAGCUGUUGAAAGUGAAUAAGCAGUUUAGGAGUAAUAGCGAAUUUCAAUCCAAUUAUUUCUUUUUCAAAACCAAGAAGCGUAAGGGAGCAGCGUCUUGCACAGCCUCGGUGCCAACUCCUAACAGUGAUGACGAAUUGGAUCUCAAUGCACAAUUUUACAAUGAAAGACCAAUAUCUCCAAUGCCUGAAAGUAAUUUAAAGAGAAGAAACACUGUGUGUAUGCUUCAGACCUCCAUCUCUACCUCAGUAGUUGGAGGUUCAAACCAUCUUGACUUGAAUCCUACCAUCAAAACCAGCAACAUUCCCAAUGGUGACAAUGAAAACACCAAACGUCCAGCACCCGGACAUCAUUUGAGCAGAGCACAAAGCUUCUCGUUUCCUCAAGAAUACGGACAUCGCAACAAAACCUAUCACCAACACCAUCAAUGCAUGACUAUUCUGAACAACCAAGUCUUGACAAACGUUCAACUUCACCACCAACACCACAACAACAACAACAUGAUCAACGACAACAACAACUGCAACUUCAACCAUAACGACACCACCAUCUACACUCCAACCAAGAUUAUCAGACUCAAGAAAGAUGUUCCUCAAACACCAAACUCAGCCAUCGAUGAGAAUGAAAUGAAUAUUCAUUCAGCAUUAAUUCAUUCUAGGAAUGACCAACUUUGUUAUUCUACCGGUUCUAACCAUACACCUAAUCAGUUCAAUAACAUUCCAAACAGCACCUCUCAACAACAGGUCAACCAAACAAACGCUUUCCCUAAUGUGGAUCGUACACAAAUUAAUUCACCCAAUGGCCAAAGUAGCAAUGAUUUCUUCUCGCGUUUAAUUCUCUCUCAACAACAACAACAACAACAAACUGUAGCUGAUACAAAAGCCUCAUUUGUCACUUCUCCACGCACACCUAGAGCAAUAACCUCUCCAAGAGGUUUCAAUAGAGUUGGAAGGUCUUUGUCAGGUUCUUACAACUACAGAAGAGCUUCCGUGAGUAGUGAAAGCUUGAUGACCACUUUCAGAUCCAAUUCGAAUCCAAACAAUUUUGAUCCAAUGGUCUUAGGAUCAUUGAUUGCGUCGUUGAGCGCUCAAAACAAUGUCAACAACAAUGGCAACCCUCACAACGGUAACAACCAUGCAAUGAAUGUCAAUCACUGCAUGACCAAUUCGACUGUAAACAACAACAACAACCUGAUGUUUCAAAACUCCAUGUCUGGUUUCUUAAACAAUUCCAAUCUUAACCAAACCAAUGCUUGUAUCCAUAAUCAAGGCAACCUGUCCUAUCCAACACAGGUAUUUUCACCUCAACACAUACCCUCUCAACUUUCUUUCCUUUUUCAGCAACCUCAACAACAAUCGUCUCAUCAAUCCAUGAAUGUAAAUACACCACCCUCUUGUUCGACACAACCUAUUAAUAUUGUACAUCAUACACAAAAUAGGCCUCAACAACUCUUCCUUUCGAGAAGCUACUCUCCUGGAACAGACAUAAACAACGAUAGUUCCUUUACUCCCAGAUCCAUGCACUCCACAGAUAGUGAUCUUAAUUCAUUCUCCCAUCUCAUGAUUGUGGACAGUGAAAGCUCUACUCCAAGACAGACAUUUCCUCAAGCUCACUAUAUGGAGUCCACCUCUCUGAAUGAUGAACAUACAGGUCUUGAUAACAUUAGAGCCUUUAUGGACGAUAAUUCUUUCCUUCCUGACGAAUUUCGCGUGUUUGAGUUUCCUUCACAGCCAUCAGUGAUUUCUUCUCUACCAAAGAAAGAAAAAGGUGCAUCACAACUUGAACAAUGUCCUGUUGAGAGCAAAUCGAACGAAGAUGUGGCCUUACAGAGCACUCACGAUGUGGCCUCUAUUCCUCCAGUUGUUGUUUUCAACAACACCAUUCCCUCCCAACAACAAACCUCACAACCAACCCAAACAAAUCCAUCAGAGCAAGAUGAAAUCGAUGAAAUUGAACAAUUUCUUUCAUUGUUUGCUUGA